UUAUUAAAUAUUGAAAUUAGAUGAUGCCCUUUUGAGGAAUUUUGGUUAUGGAGAUGGAACCAUCAUAUUAUAGUGUUCUUGGUGUUAAUGUAGACUCUUCUGAUGAAGAAAUUAGAAGGGCUUAUAGAAAGCUAGCUAUGCAAUGGCACCCUGAUAAAUGGACAAGGACACCAUCAUUAUUAGGUGAAGCUAAGAGGAAGUUUCAGCAAAUUCAAGAAGCAUAUUCAGUGUUAUCAGAUCAAAGGAAGAGAAUCAUGUAUGAUGCAGGCUUGUAUGACGCUGAAGAAGAUGAGGAUGAGGUACGCAAUUUAUUGUUCCUGUCCCCCCCCCCCCCCCCCCCCCGUCCUAUAUAGUAUAGUCAUAAAGGG